AUGUCCUACGUUUCGACUAAAGGUCCAAGGACCUUAUAUGAUAAAGUGUUUGAUGCACAUGUUGUGAAAAGAGAUUCAUCUGGAUCAUGCUUACUUUAUAUUGACAGACAUUUGGUUCAUGAAGUUACCUCUCCACAGGCUUUUGAAGGUUUGAGGAAUGCUGGAAGAAAAGUGAGAAGAACUGAUUGUACUUUAGCAACGGUUGACCAUAAUAUCCCAACUGCCUCGAGAAAGACCUACAAAUCUACAGCUACUUUUAUCGAUCAGGCUGAUUCUCGUCUUCAAGUGCAGACCCUUGAGCAAAAUGUUAAAGAUUUUGAUGUGGCUUUUUUUGGUAUGGCUGAAAAUAGACAAGGUAUUGUUCAUGUCAUUGGUCCUGAACAAGGUUUCACUCUACCUGGUACUACUGUGGUUUGUGGUGAUUCUCAUACUUCUACCCAUGGUGCAUUUGGUGCUCUAGCUUUUGGUAUUGGUACCUCCGAAGUCGAACAUGUUUUGGCUACUCAAACAAUUAUCCAAUCUAAAUCUAAAAACAUGAGAAUUAUGGUUAAAGGUGAUUUGACUCCAGGUGUCACCUCUAAGGAUUUGAUGUUACACAUUAUUGGUGUGAUUGGUACCGCCGGGGGUACUGGAUCCGUCAUGGAAUUUGCUGGUAAGGCCAUUGAAGAUUUAUCCAUGGAAGCACGUAUGUCUAUGUGUAACAUGUCCAUCGAAGCGGGUGCUAGAGCUGGUAUGAUCAAACCAGAUGAGACAACCUUUAACUACGUGAAGAACAAACCAUUGGCACCAAAGGGUGCUGAAUGGGACAAGGCUGUUGCCUACUGGAAGACUUUGCAUACCGAUGAGGGAGCAAAAUUUGAUCAUGAAGUGAUCAUCAAUGCCGCCGACAUUGUUCCUACAAUCACAUGGGGUACCUCUCCACAAGAUGCCUUGCCUAUUACUGCUUCUGUUCCUGAUCCAGCUGAAGCCAAUGAUCCUAUCAUAAAAUCCGGUAUGGAGAGAGCUCUUGCCUACAUGGGAUUGACCCCAAAAACUCCUCUGAAGGACAUCAAGAUUGACAAGGUAUUUAUUGGCUCUUGUACCAACUCUCGUAUUGAAGAUUUGAGAAAUGCAGCCGCAGUGGUCAAGGGUUACAAGAUUGCUGAUAAUAUCAAGAGAGCUAUGGUGGUUCCAGGAUCUGGUCUAGUCAAGAGUCAAGCUGAAAAGGAAGGUUUAGAUCAAAUCUUCAAGGAGGCUGGUUUUGAAUGGAGAGAGGCUGGUUGUUCCAUGUGUCUUGGUAUGAACCCUGAUAUCUUGAGUCCAGAAGAACGUUGUGCUUCUACCUCUAACAGAAAUUUCGAAGGUCGUCAAGGUGCUAAGUCUCGUACUCAUUUGAUGUCACCAGCCAUGGCUGCUGCAGCUGGUAUUGCAGGUCAUUUCAUGGACAUUAGAGAAUUCAAAUACAAGAAUGGUGAUGUGCCAAAGGUUUCCAUUGGUCAAGAAGAAGAAGACAGGAAAUUGCAAGAUGCUGUCUAUGCUCAUGAGGAGGAAGUGCUACAACCUAACGAUCUCUCCGAAUCAAUGGCAGAGGAAGAAGUUGAUGAUAUUCCAGUUAAUGAACCUGAACGUAAGAUUGUGAAGCCCAAUGGAAGCUCUGCUCCUCCAGCUGGGUUGCCACCAUUUUUGACGUUGGAAGGUAUUGCAGCACCAUUGGAAAAGGCUAACGUUGAUACCGAUGCUAUCAUUCCAAAGCAAUUCUUGAAAACCAUCAAGAGGACUGGUCUUUCUGCCGGUUUAUUUUACGAAUGGCGUUUCGUUAAGGAUGCUGAAGGUAAAGAGCAAGCUACUGAUUUCGUCUUAAACGUGGAUCCAUACAAGCAAGCCAAAAUUUUGGUGGUCACUGGUGAUAAUUUCGGUUGUGGUUCUUCCAGAGAACAUGCGCCAUGGGCUUUAAACGACUUUGGUAUUAAAUGUAUCAUUGCGCCUUCAUUUGGUGAUAUCUUUUACAAUAACAGUUUUAAGAAUGGUAUGUUGCCUAUCAGAGUGGACCAACAAGUUAUCGUGAACAAAUUGUGUCCGUUGGCCAAAGAAGGUAAGCAAUUGGUAGUCGAUUUGCCAAAGCAGCAAAUCUUGUCAUCUGAUGGUGAGGUUUUGGUCGAUCAUUUCGAUGUGGAAGAAUUUAGAAAGCACUGUUUGGUCAAUGGUUUGGAUGAUAUUGGCCUAACUUUACAAAACGAAUCUGACAUUUCCAAGUAUGAAACUCUACGUAGAGACAAAUUCUCUUUCUUGGAAGGUGGUUCCUCUAAAUUGAUUAAACCAGUGAGAGGUACUAAGAAGAGUCCAUUUGGUAACAAGGCUCAAGAAUGGUAA